AUGAGCAACAAAGAAAUUCGAAUUGGCGAGAGGGACGAUGCGACGUCUUCAUCGACUUCUGGAGACCGUUUGGGAGUGCUGCAUCUGGAGAAAAAUGAGCAGACGACGAAGAAACUCAAGCGGAAGUUGAGAAAGACGGAAAAGACGAAUUUGACACGUGGCAGGCUGAGCCAGGAGGACAAGAAGGCGUUCAAAUUCGCCGACAUCGUUCCAAUGAACAGCGACUGGCAGAAGUAUUUUCGUGAGCGGCUGAGCAAUCAUUUCGCGAGUUCGAAAAUCGAAAAAACGAUUUUGAAAGCAGACUAUCAUGGAGCACUUCUCACGGUUUGGAUGGCUGAAAAUUCGACACAGAUCGGUAUCAGUGGAAUCGUCGUGCUGGAGACGCGUCACACAUUUCAAAUGGUCACCCAGGACGAUCGAUUUGUUGUAAUUCCCAAAAAAGGCAGCGUAUUCCGUUUCAUUCUCGGCGACCGGCUAUUCUCACUGUUUGGCGAUGGAAUGCGUACUCGACCGGCAUGGAGAGGCAAAAAGCCACGUGUCAAACGAGUGAUUCCCACUUUUAUUCGAGGAACACUUCAUACCGUUCCAACGGCUUCGGAAUAA